AUGGUGAUGUUUGUGGUCUUUCUGAUCAUCUUUCUCAUGACUAUUGUAGGAAAUAGUCUCAUUAUUUUGGCAGUGAGAGUAAACAUUCAGCUCCAAACUCCCAUGUAUUUUUUCUUAUCGAACCUGUCAGUCCUAGAGAUGUUUUAUACAUCUAUUACAAUACCCAACAUAUUGUCCUUAAUAGCAAGAGGAACCAAUGUGAUCUCCUUCACUGGUUGCAUUAUCCAGGUCUACCUGUUUACACUGUGUGCCACCACUGAGUGCAUCCUUCUGGCAUGUAUGGCUUGUGACCGCUACGUGGCCAUCUGUCGGCCUUUGCACUACACUGUCAUCAUCAACAGGGAAGUGUGCCUGUGUUUGGCAGCACUUGCUUGGUUGAGUGGAAUUCUAAACUCAACCAUCAACACUGUGGUCACAUCAGGUCUUUGGUUUUGCGGUUCAAACUCAAUAGAACGUCUCUACUGUGAGGUUCAACCUCUUAUCCAUCUCUCCUGUUCUGACACCCACACAAGCCACAUCUUGGCUACACUUUCAGCUGCUGUGUUUGGAGUUAGCUGCCUCAUUUUUAUCCUUAUCUCCUACACUUUUAUCUUGGUGGCCAUCUUCAGGAUCCCAAGUAGGUACAGCAGACAGAAGACCUUCUCCACUUGUGCAUCUCAUGUUACAGUGGUCGUACUGUACUUCGGAUCCCUCAUCUUUAUGUACCUCCUACCUAACAAUAGCUCUUCAGAAAAGCUGAACUCUGCAAUCUCCAUGAUCUACUCGACAAUCACCCCCAUGCUAAAUCCUAUCAUUUAUAGUUUGAGGAACCAUCAGGUUUUAGGGGCUUUGAAAUGUCUAAGAGAAUUGUUGUACAAAAACAUGCAGCACAUAACUGUUUAA